UUCCGUUUUUUGGCAGGAAUGGAAAGAUAUUCUGCGUUACCGAAGCAAAAAUUGCGACAAAAGUCUCUUUGCCUCAUGGUUUACUGGUUAUCACUGCAUGAAACAAGAGCUGGAGGGCAGUGCCAUCUCCGAGAAAACAAUGGUUUGGGUAAUUUGAUACACUGAACGAGUUUUCAGCCGAAAGAAUCCAGCAGUCAUUUGUUGCCCCCCUCCCCAUCCAACUCUCUGGAUAUAAACAACAACAUUCAAUAUGAACUUGCGAGCGAUUUUUCAGGACUUCAAUCCAAGUCACGGGGGCAGCUCGGGGCAUCUAUGUGUGGUGGAAACAUCCUGAGUACAGGACAGAAGGUGACAGCUAUGUGGAGUUUAAGGCCAUGCUGAUCUGCCUGGGACUGAACCUGCUCCUGCUGAUGUUUGAGCUGCUGGCCUGUGAUAACCUGGAGUUUAAACACCACCUGUGGCUGCUGGUCUUCAUGCCGCUCUUCUUCAUCUCACCUGUGUCCAUCGCAGCCUGUAUCUGGGGCUUCAGGCAUGACAGGUCGCUAGAGUUUGAAACCAUCUGCUCAGUCAACAUCCUACAGUUCAUUUUCAUUGCCCUGAGACUGGACCAUGUCAUACUGUGGAAAUGGGUGAUAGUGUUUGUUCCGAUGUGGAUCCUGAUGUGCCUGGUGUGCCUUAUAGUCCUGUAUUACAUCAUCUGGUCCAUACUCUUCAUGCGCUCCACUGAUGUCAUGGCGGAACAGCGGCGGGCACACCUCAUCCUCGCCAUCACCGCUCUCGCACUGGUCUUACCGUUCCUCACAUUUGAGGUCCUCCUGGCCAACAGACUGGAUGGAGAUAACCAGUACCAGUUUGUGGCCAUCAUGGCUCCCCUGUACAUCUCACUACUCACACUCAUGGGGAUGUCCUUUGGGCAGAAGGGAGGGAACCACUGGUGGUUUGGGAUACGUAAGGACUUCUGCCAGUUCCUGUUGGAGGUGUGCCCCUGCCUGCGCGAGUACGGGAACAUAUCGUACAAGAUUCACCAUGACGACGAUAACGAAGAGUCUGAGGAAGAGACGACAGCGGAUCCGACGUGCCGAGCUCCCCGCGCCCAGCCCAUCAUCACAAGCAGUCCCACCAAAUGUGUGGUGCCUGUCAUCUCCAUAGAGAUGCCUGAUUGAGCAUACAUGGACUUCUGGGACAUUUUUGGCAACACCUCUGGAGUGGAGCCAGACGUCAUUUUCCCCCAAUGGUGUUUGACACACAUUCAUGUAUGGAAGGCAGGUGGCUUGUGCUCAGACAAAGCAGGCUUUGUAUAAACAUGUCCAUCUUGUACAAAAUUCUAUUUAUUUUACCAUAAAUAUUACAUAAAGCACUUGCUUUAACUAAAUAACUGAAAGGUGACAAUGUGCAGAAUAGGUUAAGUGAAGUGCCAGGUGAAGAAAGAAAAAUGAUAUUUGAAAUUUGUAUCAAAUAUGUGUACAAUAGUUAAGGCUUCAGGGUGGUGCAUAAAAACUCGUACAUAUACAUUACACAUGAGACUGGUAUGAGAGUAGACAGAUGUAGGUGUGGUAUGUAUGGUACUAAUACUCUCACCUAUAGUUUCAGAUACAAUGUACUUCCCUGUAGAAUUAAUGUACAUUACAUCAAUUCUGUGCAAGCAUAUGUCUUUGCUUUUUCUGUAACCUGUCCACACCGAGAGCUCACUGCCUCGCUGUCAAAACUUUCUUUAUCCCAAUACUGUACCAUGAAAAACCCUGCAAAUAAAUCAUAGCGCAAAUGUUGUGCCAAAGGGCUUACUAUAAGCAAGAAGAUUGUAGAACUUCAAUCACUGAAAAGACCAUUUAUAGCUCAACAAUUCCACUUAAUAUUCUUUUUGUUGCUUACUGUAUAAACCGAGCAGGUGUUAUGUUUCUGUGCCAAUGUAAGAAAAUGUGAUUAAUUUGUAUCAUUUUGCAAUAUGGUUAACUUACAUGAUGUAGUUUUUUAACAGUUUGUUGUACAGAUGCAGGAAGCCCAUUCUCUUGUAUCAUUACAGGAUUGUAAAAGAUUGUAAUAAAAUAUGUAUUCCUUGGUAGAACUUUAUUAACUAUCCGCAUGUCAUGAUGAUGAUGAUGAUGCAUGUCAUUACCUUACACACAUAACCAUCAUUUUUUUGAGAUCACAUAUGUCCCAGACAGCCCAUUGUCUAUAAAACCUUUCUGUCAGCCGCAGGGAAAUUUUUUCCCACGUUCGGGGCGCCAUUUUGAAUUGUUCUUCACUCAACACGUAACAUGAUUGGCACGCCGACAUCCAUAGCAGCUUUAACACCUUGCACAAUAGGUCGGCAGCGGUGUAUCUUUGUCUGUACAGAGAACAUUUUUUUUCGGCCAAGAGAGAACAAUAUUCUCUUGUUCAUCAAUCAAAACGGCACAAUACUAUACCAACAGACAUUGUUAUUCAGAUAGAGGUACGCCGAUUAUCGAGUCAUUGACAUGCAUGUUUGGGCAGAGCUAGGCGGCCUAUAAGGGAUAGAGAGCGGACAGGUAAAUCACUCAUUCUGUGCUGACGUCUAGCUGUACGUCGUUACGUUCACCCAAGUUAUCGGCAGUUAUGUCGGUUCAGCUCCAGCCAGGGACGGCUUCAGAAGACACCACCACAACUAUGGAUCAUGACCAUACGCAACAACCACAACCCGCUGCAACAUCGCAGAAGGCAACUAAGAAAAGGAAGAAGAGGAGAGCGAAAUAUGAGAAGCCCAGAGUUCUAGCCGUUGGGAAACCAGCACCGACCUCGCCACUUUAUGCAGUACUAGACCUUGGAGGACGUCUGUACCCGGUUGACUUCAAAAAAGUCAUCGGUUGGAGAACGGUCAAAGUUGGUGACGUUGUGUGCGGAAAGUGGUCAAGGCGGAUCAUAAAGGGCACACUAGUGAAAAUUGGAACUAUACAUGAGGUGGCGCCUCUCCUCAACGCUGAAGCCGAUAGGCACUACAAUGACGACACUGUGCACGACCUCGAUGCCUACACCGUCAAGAAAUUCAAAGGGGCGUGCACGAUCUUGACACGCUCUUCGCCAGCCCAUUCGACGGCGAUGCAGCGCCAGUGGUCGGCCCCGCCAUCACAGCAAGCCGAGGCGACACAGGUACACACCGGAAUGGAGGAGCGGAUGGACAACCUGACGAUAUUAUAUAUAGUGCUACUGUAUGUAACAGGUUUCUUCAUUGGUUAAUGACAGGCUCCAAACUUGUGUUAGAGAUAUUUCGAUUGAAUAUCAUAUGGUAGGUCGAUACUGACAAAUGUUGUUGAAUAACCACAGAUAUACGAUGAAAAGAGAGGCCGAAGUCUGCGAGCUUUGUUGAUAAUUAACUCUAAAAGUCGUCGAAAGGGUGCAUAACUUAGUAAGGGAUCUGCGUCAUUCUUUCUGUGUGAUAUGUUUCUCAGUACAUUGUACCAUCAGUACAUUGUAACUCUUUUUGUAUUAUUGUACUUCUUCCACUAGAUCUCAUAUCAGUACCAGAUCUUGGUUUUGUUGUUUAAACAGCGUGAAUGAUUUACUCUGUAUACGUUGGUGCAGUGGAAAAUAAGAGACAAAAGAACUGAACAAAAUAUGAUGGGA